AUGUCAGAACAAGAAAUUAUUUCUGAUGAUAGUUCUAAUGCAAAUGUUGAAUCUGAAGUGGAUGAACAAAAAGAAUUGUUUGAGAAAAGAACAGCUAAUGAAUUAUUUGAUAUGGGAAAGUUGGAAUUCAAAGAAAAUAAAAAUUACGAAGUAGCAGCAGAACGUUUUUCCAUGGCUGUAGAAAAAAAAAUAAAAGAAUUAAAAAUUGAGGGGAAUGUUCAUAUAGAUUUAAGAGAGUUUUACUUAUGUUUUGCUGAUGCCUUAUUAACUAAGGAAGAAGAAAAAAAUGAUUUGUUUGAAUUUUUAAAAAAAAAAAAAAAAAUUGAAGUGUCUGAUACAGAUGAUUCAGUUGAUAAAGAGGAAGUUACAGAUGAGCAAUUGGCUUUUGAGAUGUUUGAGUUUGCAAGAAAAUGCUAUGAGUUGUUAAUGGAAAAAAAUGAAGAAGUACCUAAAAAGGACAUCUUAAAUUACACAUAUGUUUUUAUAAGAUUAGGAGAUAUUAAUCUAUUAAAUCAUUUUUUCCCAGAAGCAUUAAAAGAAUAUGAGAAAUGUGUUGAAUUAAGAGAGAAACAUAAAGUAGGAGAUGAAAAUUUAAUUGCACCAUUGAUAUCAUUAUCUCAAAGUUAUAUGUUUUGCGGAAAAAGAAAAGAAGCUGUAGAAUAUUUUGAAAAAGUAAAAAAAAUAUUACUAGAUGUUAGACAAAAAACAACACCACUACCAGAAAAUACGAAUGAAAAAAUUAUAAGGGAUACAUAUGAUGAUGUUCAAAUUCAAAUAAAUGAUUUAAAGAGACAAAUAGAAGAAGAAGGAGAAGAAGGAAAAGAAUUGGGAAGUCAAACUAAAGCAAAAGAAUUAGUCAUUACAACCAAGUCUGAAUUUGAUAAAGCAGUAUUAAAUAAAGAAAAAAAUGAAGUUACAAAAAUCACAAUUUCUAGAGUUAACGAUGAAGAACACGCAACGAAAAAGAGAAGAAUAGAUUUAUCUAAAUAUAAAAAUUAA